AUGGGGGGGCAGGUGCUGGAGCAAAGUGCCGGCCCAGCUGGAGGGAUCCCCCGGACGGGACACCCAGCCUCUUCCUUCCGGGACUGGACGGAGGGAUGGGAGGAAGCAGUGGUCCACUGUCGGUGUGCCAAGUGCUUCUGUUACCCCACGAGGCGGAGGAUCAGAAAGCGACCCCGAAAGCUGACCAUCUUGAACCUCCCUGAAGAUGUGCUCUUUCAGAUUCUGAAGUGGCUUCCUGUGGGGGACGUCCUCGCCGUCCGAGCUGUGCACUCCCGCCUGAAGUACCUGGUCGACAACCACGCCAGCGUGUGGGCCUGUGCCAGUUUCCAGGAGCUGUGGCCUUCUCCCAGGAACCUCGAGCUGUUUGAAAGGGCUGCCGAAAAGGGAAACUUCGAAGCCGCCGUGAAGCUGGGCAUUGCCUACCUCUACAAUGAAGGCCUGUCCGUGUCCGACGAGGCCCGCGCGGAAGUGAACGGGCUGAAGGCCUCGCGCUACUUCAGCCUGGCCGAGCGCCUGAACGUGGGCGCCACCCCCUUCAUUUGGCUCUUCAUCCGCCCGCCCUGGUCGGCCUCCGGGAGCUGCUGCAAGGCCGUGGUUCACGGGAGUCUCAGUGCCGACUGCCAGCUCCGCAGGACGCACCGUGCAUCCAUCCUACACUGUCUGGGGAGAGUGCUGAGUUGCUUCGAGGUGAGUGGGCUUGUCAUCACGCAGGCUCGGGAUGAGGAGCGGCAGCAGCAGGCGCUGGCCCUGUUUGCGGAGUCUGCUGGCCAGGGCUGCCUGCCCAGCGCGUACCUGCUCUGGGAGCACGAACAGAAGUGGGCGGUAGGUGGCCGCAGGCAAUGUCCGAUCCUGGAAGGUGCCUCCACAGCUUCCGGAAGCUCAGGGACUGCGCGGCCAGAGGGUGCUGGGAAGCGCAGGACGCAGCAGUCCCUGCAGGUGGACGGCGUGCUUGGAACAGAGGGUCAGCGAGAAGGGGGAGGCCCUCAGUGGGAGGGACUGACGCAGGGGCCGCGACUGAUUCUGUCCCUGGCCAAAGCCUGUGCGCACGGGAGCCAGCUCGGCCUGGAGCAGAAGGCUUGCAGCGACGCCGUCUGCCAGCUCUUCCAGGCUUCCCGCCCCGCCGGCAAGCAGCGGAUCUUCUCCGUGCAGAAGGGGCUCAAUGAUACAAUGAGGUACAUUCUGAUCGACUGGCUGGUGGAGGUUGCCACCAUGAAGGACUUCACGAGCCUGUGCCUGCACCUGACGGUGGAGUGCGUGGACCGCUACCUGCAGCGGCGGCCUGUGCCCCGGCACCAGCUCCAGCUGCUGGGCAUCGCCUGCAUGGUCAUCUGCACCCGACAACCUGAGAGGCUCUGUGCCCGCAGCCACUCGGGGAAACCCCACCUCGGCAUGUGUCUGAUAGACGCCGUUGCAGGCGGGUGUCGGAGGCCGACUGACCGCACAGAUACGGUGCUGGGGUUGCGGUUCAUCAGUAAGGAGAUCCUGACCAUCCGUGAGGCCGUGUGGCUCACCGACAACACGUAUAAGUACGAAGACCUCGUGAGGAUGAUGGGCGAGAUCGUGUCUGCCCUGGAGGGGAAAAUCCGAAUCCCGACCGUGGUUGACUACAAAGAGGUACUGAUGGCGCUGGUGCCCGUGGCACGGAGGACCCAGCACCUGUGCAGCCUGCUGUGUGAGCUCUCCCUGCUGCACACCGGCCUCUCCGCCUACGCCCCCGCCCACCUGGCGGCCGCCGCCCUGCUCCUGGCCAGGCUGACGCACAGGCAGACACAGGCCUGGCCCCCUCGGCUCUGGGACCUCACCGGCUUCUCCUACGACGACCUCGUGCCCUGUGUGUUGAGCCUUCAUAAGAAGUGCUUCCACGAUGAUGCCCCCAAAGACUACAGGCAGGUGUCUCUGACGGCCGUGAAGCAACGAUUUGAGGAUAAGCGCUACGAGGGGAUCAGUCAGGAGGAGGUGAUUGGCUACAGCCAGCUCUGCGCGCUGCUGGGCGUGCAACAGGAGGACCCCGAGCCCGCGGUGCUCUUCAGUGAGGGGGAAGUCCACGCCUUCCUCACCUCCCCGUCCGGGAGGAGGACCAAACGGAAGCGGGAGAACAGCCUGCAUGACCGAGGCAGCUUUGUGACUACUCCCACAGCCGAGCUCUCCAGCCAGGAGGACACGCUCUUGGGCAGCUUCCUGGACUGGAGUCUGGACUACUGUUCCGGCUACGAGGGGGACCAGGAAAGCGAGGGCGAGAAGGAGGGUGACGUAACGGCUCCCAGCGGUGUCCUCGACGUCACCGUGGUCUGCCUGAACCCAGAGCAACACUGCUGCCAGGAAUCGAGUGACGAGGAGGCCUGCUCGGAGGAAGGAGCCCUCCAGCGCCCACUCGCCACAAUGCCAAGACCCCAGACCCCGGAGAGCCCGGGGCCAGAGUCACCUCCCUGCGGCAGGCCGGGGCCCGGCAGGGACACCUCAACGUCAGGGUACUCCUCUGUCAGCAGCAGCCAGAGCCCGACCAGCUGCGGGGACGGCGGCCCCCCACGACCUACCUCAGCGCCGUCCCCGGGCAGCGGCGCACACCCACACCCCUGCCGCUGCCACGGCAGGAAGUCAUGUUUACAGUGCUGCUCCCCAGAACCCCCGGAGAGUGGUGGGCCCCGCCAGCUGGCCAAGCGCAAACACACAGCGGAGCAUGGUGGGGGGAGCGGGACCGCGGGCCUCCCCACUCUGUGA